AUGGCUUCAGAAGAAGUUGAACCUUCUCAGUCUGGGGAAGAAUCAGGAAUGGGAGGUCCUGGUGCCCCAACGCCACUCUCUGCAUUAGAGGGAGUUGCAGGUCUUACUAAGAGAGAUAUUCAAAUGGUUGUGGAUGGUGGAUACAAUACUGUAGAGUCUGUCGCAUACACACCGCGGCGAAUUUUGGAGCAAAUCAAGGGUAUCUCCGAGCAGAAGGCUACUAAGAUCCUGACGGAAGCGUCAAAAUUGGUUCCCAUGGGCUUCACAACCGCCACCGAGAUGCAUCAACGAAGAAGCGAACUGAUAUCGAUCACGACCGGUUCCAAGCAACUAGAUACACUUCUAGCGGGAGGAGUCGAGACCGGAUCUGUCACUGAAAUAUUUGGAGAGUUUCGUACUGGAAAGAGUCAAAUUUGCCAUACUCUAGCAGUCACUUGUCAAUUGCCUUUUGAUAUGGGUGGUGGAGAAGGCAAAUGUCUGUAUAUCGAUACAGAAGGCACGUUCCGUCCUGUGCGUUUACUUGCCGUGGCCAAUCGAUACGGUUUAUCUGGAGAGGAAGUUCUAGAUAAUGUUGCAUAUGCAAGAGCCUACAACUCCGACCAUCAGCUGCAACUUCUCAAUCAAGCGGCCCAAAUGAUGUGCGAGACCCGAUUCUCACUUCUCAUUGUCGACAGUGCUACUGCACUCUAUCGUACAGAUUUCACAGGACGAGGUGAAUUGUCUUCUAGACAAAUGCAUCUAGCAAAGUUCAUGCGCAUGCUUCAACGGUUAGCCGAUGAGUUUGGCAUUGCUGUGGUAAUCACAAAUCAAGUUGUUGCGCAAGUUGACGGAGGACCAAGUGCUAUGUUCAAUCCGGAUCCUAAGAAACCUAUCGGUGGUAACAUCAUUGCACAUGCAAGCACGACCAGAUUGAGUCUCAAGAAGGGUCGUGGAGAGACCAGAAUCUGCAAAAUCUACGACAGCCCAUGUUUACCAGAAAGUGAUUGUCUGUUCGCUAUCAAUGAAGAUGGUAUCGGCGACCCAAGUCCAAAGGAUCUCGAGAAGGAUUAG